AUGCCUGCCUCUUCUUCCAUUCAAGCAGCAACACUACAGCGUUUCAUUUCCGCCUGGAAGAAGUGGGACGCCCAAGAAUGGAUCUCCACGUUCUCUAACGACUUCGAACAAGUCACCCUUCCUCUAAGUCAGGGCAUCCCGUCUCGGUCACGCGCAGAGGUUGAAGUCGUUUUGCCUGCCCUUGUUGCAACAGUGAAGUCAUAUAAACUUACAAUCCACCAUGUUGUUCAUGACGCCGGAAAAAACAAGGCUGCUAUAUAUGCUGCAUCCAAGGGAGAUCUUCCGUGGGGUAACUGGGAUCUGGAGUACUCAGCAUUUUUGACGUUUUCAGAAGACGGGGAGAAGGUGGCUAAGCUGGAAGAAAUGCUUGAUACUGCAUUUCUACGGGAUUUUGGACCGAAAUUCCAAAAGCACUUGCAGGAUAAUGGGGGCCCGAUUGCUGUUUCUGCUAGAGGAGAUUGA